CACGUUGCGUGGUUAAUUCAUGAUCCCGCCUUCAAUGUAGGACUGGUACAUUCGUGAGCGAGCUAUACUACAGGGGACUGCAGAUCAGUAGCUCAGAUUGCGAUUAUUAAACAUCACAGACCGAUUAUAUCAGAGUAAAUGGAGGACACAAAGCCUGAGGAAGCGAAUGUGGAGGAGCAGAAAGAUGAGGAGAAUAAGAUCUGUCCAGAAAAAAUGGAGGAAGCCAAACUGAAGGCCAGAUACCCUCUCCUGGGUAAUAAACCCGGCGGAUCCGAUCUGCUCAGAAAAAGACUGCAGAAGGGGCCAAAGUACUUCGACUCUGGCGACUACAACAUGGCGAAGGCCAAGAUGAAGAACAAGCAGCUUCCAGCGGCACAGAACGAGAAGGCCGAGAUCACCGGAGACCACAUCCCCACCCCUCAGGACCUGCCGCAGAGGAAACCCUCUCUGGUGGCCAGCAAACUGGCUGGCUGAUACCUGCUGCUGUCCUUCACUCCACACUCCCACUUCCUGUCUCUUCAUCCACAUUUAUCUCUGAUCCUGCAUUCCUGCCCUCGUCCUCUCUCGUUUCCUGUCUUAUCUGAAAAUACACUGAAUAUUCAAGGGUUGCAGAUGUUACAGAGCUGUACUGCCGCACUGAGAUGGGUUGGGUCAGGUCAUGGCUCCAAAAGCGGUGAAGUUCUCAAAGGUCCUCUGAUAUUUUAAAUGUGUCGUAGUAUGUAGUUGAAAGUGUACAUAUUUGCUAGUGCGUGAGGGCAUAAGCAUUUUAGAAGAUGUUUUGCAUUUAAUUCUAACCAUUCCUGUAUUACCCACUGCUUAGAGCUCCUGGGCACCCACUGUCCUGCAAAGUUUAUAUCCAACUUGCUUCAGCACAAUAGAAUUUCACACCAAUAUGAUUUUCAAGUGAUCCUGAAGAGCUUGAUUAGCUGGUUCAGGUGUGUUUGAUUAGGGUUGAAUCUCAACUCUCCAGGACAGUGGAUCUAAGACCUCUGGCUUGGAGGACUAUAGGUCACCAAAAAAGAAAAUUCUGUCAUUAUUUACUCAACUCGUAUGACUUUAUUUCCUCUGGUGAAUGCAAAAAGAAGGCGUUUAUUUGAAUGUCCAGGCUGCUUUUUUUUCAAACAAAGAAAGUCUGUAGAGGGAAAGGGCUGUAGAGCUCAAGGAAUUUUAAAAAGUACAGCAAAUAUUCCUCACGACUUGUCACACAAUAACUCAAAACAUUUAAAUGAUGUGUUGCAAUCAGUCAUGAGAAAUAUAGCAACCAUUAGCAUUUGCUGCUAAUGCAAAAAUACCAUAAAAACAUGAAACCAAGUAAAAAAAUUUGCAUGAUUUGAGAGAUUUUUUUUUGGGUAACACAUUACAUAAGGUCCAAUUAAAUAACAUUAGUUAAUGCAUUUGUUAAUACAUUUGUUCUAGUAUUUAUGGAUCUUAGUUUGUUAAUACAAUACAACUGUUCACUGUUAAAGAUUACUAAAUGCUAUUUUUAUUGUUAAUUCAUGUUUAGCUAAUGUAGUUAACUAAUGCGAACCUUAUUGUAAAAUGUUACCAUUUUUUUUAAAUUUUUUUUUUAAGUGAAUUACAAUUUAAGUUAUCACAUGGCUUCAGAAGACUGUAGGUAACAUCCAAAUAAAGUCAUGUGGGUUAGAAUGACAGAAAGGUGAGUAAAUUAUAUCAGAAUUUUCUUUUCAGAGUGAUCUUUUCCAUUAAUUAUGGAGUUAAGUGCUAGAAUCAAUAAUGAAUUGAAAGUAAUCUCUAAUAAUGUGGUUGAUCUGCACCCUGUUUCUUUCAUGAGAAUGCUCGUUUCUUUUUGUCAUGCUUCAGCUGUAAGUGGAGGACACUCCAGUUUGUCAUGUUUGAUAGCAUGUAAUGCAGAUCUCUGAGGCUGCUGUCAUCUUGCCUUUGUAUUAUAGAGCUUAAAGCCUUAUAAUGAUGUAGUGCCAACACACAGAUUGGCAAGCAGUUCUAGAACGCCACGUUCACACACCAUUUGUGUCUGAUUGUAGACACCAGGCAGUGAGGAUACUUCUCCACCUUCUGAUGUGUAAUAAAUUCCAUUGAUCUCCUGUACAUUGUCUUCUAUGCAGAGGAGGGAGACACCUGCCUGUCGGCUCCUCACACCACGUCGUCGCACUACAGUAAAUUGUUCACAGUUUGCAUGAGCAUAAGCUGUGGCCGCUUUUGAGCCAUUUUGUAAAUAAAAUAGUUUUGCAAACCUUC